CAUUGUUCAAAACUGAAACCUCGUAAGAGGAAUCUAUGACGUUGUCGCUUUUCUUUUCAGCUUCAGAGCCAUACUUUCUCUUCCUUCUAUGUCCAUUCAGCUUCUCACUUCAACCAAAAAUAAAAACGGCAACUUUGAUCCAAACCUCACCUUCCCUUUCUUAAUUGAAGAACCUUUUAAAUCCCUUCUUCUUUAACACUACCCUUUACUCUUCUUAAAUCUCUAUCUUGAUAAUAACAUUCACCCAUUUCCUCACUUGUUUCAUUUCUUCACAUUGGAGGCUUAGGGUUCUAUUUGUGGAUUUUGAUGCUUGAGUUCUGUGGUUUCUAAGGCAUUGACAUGGGGAAAGGAAGAAGUCCUGGGAAAUGGUUCAAGAACUUACUCUUGGGGAAGAAAUCGUCGUCAAAGUCUACUUCAUCAAAGAAGAAUGAUAUUUUUAAACCUUCUAGUGACAAGGAUGCGCUGGUGUCGUCUGAGGUGCCCGUGUCUGAUCCAACCGUUGAUUCGUUGCAGAUAUCCGCACCAAUAUCUGGAGCUAAUGAUUCUAAAGGAGUGCUUUCCGAAAAGGAGGUAGUUAGUAGGUCAUCACAUGAUAGGGAUGUUCUUUCAACUGGAGUUGAAGAAGCUAAGGUGCAAGAUGUUGCUAAUUUUGGAUCUCAAGAGGAUCUUGAGAAACUCCAGCUUACAGAAGCAGCUAUAAAAGUUCAGGCUGCUUGUAGAAGCUAUCUGGCUCGUCAAACAUUUAAAAAACUCGAAGGUGUCAUACAACUACAAGCUUUUAUUCGUGGCCACUUGGUUCGAAGACAAGCUGUUUCUGCAUUAUAUUGUGUGAAGGGAAUAGUUAAAUUUCAAGCAUUGGCUCGUGGUUACAAUGUUAGACGUUCUGAUAUUGGGCUUGCAAUCCAAAAAAUUCGUAAGGAUACCCAUUGCUCAAAUUCUGUUCGGGUAGCUUCAUCCACACAGGCAGAGAAGCUGUCUGAAAAUGUCUUUGUUUGCAAGCUUCUGGCUUCAUCCCCAUAUGCAGUUCCUCUAUCACUCAACAGUGAUCCUGGAGAACCUAACAUGGUUCGGAAGUGGCUUGACUAUUGGACAAGGUCACACUUUUGGGCACCUCUUCCUGAAUUAGAAAAGAAACUUGGCUCAGCGUCUGAUGAGAAAAAUGGCAGUUCUCAGACAGUUCAAAAGGGGCAAAUUAAAAAAAUUACUCGGAAAUAUCCGGCUGUGAAAGCUAAGAAUGGCUCAAAUUUAGGUUCUAACAAAUCUAAACAGUGUCCAAAAAAGGAUUCAAGCCACCCAUUGCCUUCAGCGCAGGAACACCCACAGAAAGAAACGGAGAAAAGUAGUUUUGAAAAGACUCACGCACAUAAUGUUUCAAAUGGAUCUGAGGUUGUUAGUGAAAAAAGGAAAUCUGGCAAUAAAAAGAUUUUGGAUCAUGCUGUCACUGAUGUUUCAGAGCAGGGCCCAAAUGCCUCUUCAGAGAAAAAGAAAGAUUUGACCGUGCCAAAGUCAAAAGAGUCUGAUCCUGAGAAAGGUGAUGGACAGGAAGCAAAAGACAAGAAUGAUAAUGAGCUACAUCGUUACCCUGUUGCCGUCUUAAAGACAACUGUGAUGAAGGGUGAAAACGAAGGAUAUCAAGGAGUCAGUGAGAAUUUGAAUGGUGGUGACAAUUGCAUGAGUAACAAUAGCCAAAGAAGAGCUUCAUUACCUGCUAACUUUAAUGAUCAAGAGAAUGAGUUAUAUAACACUCCUGUUACUCCAAGACUGCCAAGUUAUAUGGCUCCUACUGAAUCAGCAAAAGCUAGGCUAAGAGGACAAGGCUCUCCAAGAUUUGCUAAUGAUUUGGUAGACAAAAACAGUACAACCAGGCGGCAUUCACUUUCAUCUUCACUUAAUGGCAGGUCAGGUUCAUUUUCCCCAAGAGCUGAAAAGCUGAUAGGCGUAAGCGGCAGAGGAGGGAUAAAGUCUGAUAGAUCUCUGUCAUCUUCAAGGGAUGGGACUGAGAAGUUGAUCCAACCUCAGUGGAGAAGGUGAUUCUACCUUUUUUUUCGAGGCAAGGUUACUUGAAGGAGGUAAAAACUUGAAUAGUAAAAACAUGCAGAGACUUACAUUACAGCGUUUCUUUACUUUUUAUUUUCAUUACUAUUUAUGGUCAUGGAUACAGAAAGGGAUAUGAUAUCAAAUUUCUUUUAAUAGGAGUAUUUUGGUGGGUAUAUAUUAACUAUUAAGGAUCUAAGCUUAUAUGCUUCUUUUUCUAGUUCUAGCUUCUGUGAUGUAUUGCUAAAAAAAUUGUUCAGUGUCAUAUUUGCAAAAUUCGAGAAACUUUUUCAUUUCAAAGUUUAGCAAUAUCAGAGGAAUUAUGAGCAA